UGCGGCUGGGGACAGAUGGGCGGGGAAGUUUCCGGAAGGCUCUCCGUGCGAGGAGUGGGGUUGGGUGCUCCGCAUACCUCCCAGGGCCGCUCUGUCCUGCCGUUCUGCAGCUUCUCGCCUCCUCUCCGCCAGUUCUUCCACAGCGUCUGCGUGGCUCCCGCCCCGUUGCCUUACCAGCGGGUCUUCCCCCGGGCCGCUCUGGCCCGGGAGUCCCCUAGUCUCUCUGGUCUGGCCCAUCAGGCUCUGGAGGGAGGCGCGGGUGGGUGAGCAAAGGGUGUGCGCCUAUGGGAUCCAGGCCCAAGACCCUGAAGCCAGACUCCGCCCCCGGCACUCGCUCGCGCCCCGCCCCCGCCUGGAGGGGUCUCCCAGGGACCAGCUGGGCCUGGCCGGUCCCGGCCCGUCCUCUCUAUGGAGGCCUCUGCCGGGUCGUAAAGCCCUUCGUCCCUGGGGACCCACCCAGCUAUAAGGUCUGUUUUGGCCUGCCGCGGUCCGAGUCUAACUGCUGGAAGCCGUCUAUGGGGUCAGCCCCCUAUGGGGGUCCGUGUCUAUAGGGGACCCCUACGGUCCCUAGGGUUGGCCCCAUCUAUGACGACCUCAUAUACAAGGCCUUCCAUGGGUCUCUAGAGCCCGCCCCUCGGCUUCCAGAGCCGUUCUCUUGGCAGGGACAGCGUCUCCGGGACCUCCUGGGUCUACAAGGCCAUGCUACGCCUGUAGAGGUCGCAUUUACAGGGCCUCAAGCCUUUAGAGGGUCCUCUCCGGGUCUCUGCGGCCCCUCCUGCCUCUCUCAGGGUCAGUGCGGGCGGUGGCGAUGGCCUCGGGCCGGAUUCUGGCUCUGGCCUUGGCCGUGGCUGUGCUGGGGCCGCUGUCCUUCAGGGCCCUGGCGGGGGACUGCAAGGGGCAGCGGCAGGUGCUACGGGAGGCGCCAGGCUUCGUGACGGAUGGUGCGGGCAACUACAGCGUCAAUGGCAACUGCGAGUGGCUUAUUGAGGCCCCGAGCCCCCAGCACCGGAUCCUGCUGGACUUGCUCUUCCUGGACACAGAGUGCGCGUACGACUACCUGUUUGUGUAUGACGGGGACUCCCCGCAGGGCCCGCUGCUGGCCAGUCUGAGUGGGAGCGCCAGGCCUCCACCCAUCGAAGCCUCCUCGGGCAAGAUGCUGCUUCACCUCUUCAGCGAUGCCAACUACAACCUUCUGGGUUUCAAUGCCUCCUUUCGCUUCUCCCUCUGUCCCGGGGGCUGCCGGAGCCACGGGCAGUGCCGGCCCCCAGGGGUGUGUGCCUGUGAGCCAGGCUGGGGUGGCCCUGACUGCGGCCUGCAGGAAUGCUCGGCUUACUGCGGUAGCCAUGGCACCUGCGCCUCGCCCCUGGGACCUUGCCGCUGUGAGCCUGGCUUCCUGGGCCACGCCUGUGACCUGCACUUGUGGGAGAACCAGGGGGCUGGCUGGUGGCACAAUGUGAGUGCCGGAGACCCUGCUUUCUCUGCCCGUAUUGGAGCAGCCGGUGCCUUCCUGUCCCCACCGGGGCUGCUGGCUGUUUUUGGAGGCCAGGACCUCAACAAGGCCCUGGGUGACCUUGUCCUGUACAACUUCUCUGCCAACACCUGGGAAUGCUGGGAUCUCAGUCCUGCCCCGGCCGCCCGUCACUCCCAUGUGGCCAUAGCCUGGGAUGGCUCUCUGGUGCUGAUGGGUGGUGAGCUGGCAGAUGGCUCGCUCACCAACGAUGUGUGGGCCUUUAGCCCAUUGGGCAGGGGUUACUGGAAGCUUCUGGCACCAGCUACUUCCAGCUCCUCAGGGCCCCCAGGCCUGGCAGGUCAUGCGGCUGCUCUGGUAGAUGACAUCUGGCUCUAUGUGUCCGGUGGCCGCACUCAGCACGACCUCUUCUCCUCUGGCCUUUUCCGUUUCCGCCUUGACAGUACCAGUGGGGGCUACUGGGAGCAGGUGGUUCCAGCAGGUGGGAGACCCCCUGCUGCCACUGGCCACUCCAUGGUGUUCCAUGCGCCCUCCCGUGCCCUGCUGGUCCAUGGUGGACACCGGCCUUCCACUGCCCGAUUCUCUGUACGUGUGAACUCCACUGAGCUCUUCCAUGUGGAUCGACGUGUGUGGACCACCCUGAAGGGCCGGGAUGGACUUCAGGGCCCUCGGGAGCGGGCCUUCCACACAGCCAGCGUCCUGGGCAACUACAUGGUGGUCUAUGGUGGCAACGUACACACCCAUUAUCAGGAAGAAAAGUGCUAUGAAGAUGGCAUCUUCUUCUACCACCUUGGCUGCCAUCAGUGGGUGUCAGGGGCUGAGCUUGCACCCCCAGGAACCCCAGAGGGCCGAGCAGCACCUCCCAGUGGUCGGUACUCGCAUGUGGCAGCUGUGCUUGGUGGCAGUGUCCUGUUGGUGGCUGGGGGAUAUAGUGGUCGACCUCGGGGAGACUUGAUGGCCUACAAGGUGCCUCCCUUCGUGUUCCAGGCACCUGCCCUGGAUUACCACUUGGACUAUUGUUCCAUGUACACGGACCACAGUGUCUGCUCCCGAGAUCCCGAAUGCAGCUGGUGUCAGGGGGCCUGCCAAGCUGCACCCCCUCCUGGUACCCCCUCAGGAGCUUGUCCAGCUGCUAGCUGCUUGGGCCUGGGCCGCCUCCUGGUUGACUGCCAGGCAUGCCUGGCCUUCAGCAGUCCCACAGCCCCUCCCCGGGGGCCUGGUGCCCUGGGCUGGUGUGUGCACAAUGAGAGCUGCCUCCCUCGGCCUGAGCAGGCCCGCUGCCGAGGGGAGCAGAUUUCAGGCACUGUGGGCUGGUGGGGGCCAGCACCUGUCUUCGUCACCUCCUUGGAGGACUGUGUCACCCAGAGUUUCCUGCCUGGCCUACACUUGCUCACCUUUCAGCAGCCACCUAACGCCUCCCAGCCUGAUAAGGUCUCAAUUGUCCGCAGUACAACCAUCACCCUGACACCCAGCCCAGAGACAGAUGUGUCCCUUGUCUACCGUGGCUUUAUCCAUCCGCUGCUGCCAGGAGGGCCCGGUGGGCCCGGGGCUGGGGAUGUGGCUGUGUGGGCCCGGGCCCAGCGCCUACAUGUCCUGGCCCGGAUGGCCCGUGGCCCUGACACAGAGAACAUGGAGGAGGUGGGGCGCUGGGCUGCUCAGCAGGAGAAGGAGACAAGACGACUGCAGCGCCCAGGAUCCACUCGCCUCUUCCCACUGCCCGGGCGAGGGCAUAAGUACGCAGUGGAGAUUCAGGGGCAGCUGAAUGGCUCAGCAGGCCCUGGGCACAGUGAACUCACUUUGCUGUGGGAUCGGACUGGUGUGCCAGGCGGCAGUGAGAUCUCCUUCUUCUUUCUGGAGCCCUACCGCUCCUCAGCCUGUGCCUCCUAUUCGUCCUGCCUGGGCUGCCUGGCAGACCAGGGCUGCGGCUGGUGCCUGAGCAGUGCCACCUGCCACCUGCGCCAGGGUGGGGCCCACUGUGAGGAUGAUGGGGCCGGGGGAUCCCUGCUGGUGCUAGUGCCUGCUCUCUGCCCACUCUGUGAGGAGCAUCGUGACUGCCACGCCUGCACCCAGGACCCCUUCUGUGAGUGGCACCAGAGCACCAGCCGCAAAGGGGAUGCAGCAUGUAGCCGGCGGGGCCGGGGUCGGGGUGCCCUGAAGAGCCCAGAGGAAUGCCCCCCACUCUGCAGCCAGCGCCUGACUUGUGAGGACUGCCUGGCCAACUCCAGCCAGUGUGCCUGGUGCCAGUCCACCCACACCUGCUUCCUGUUUGCUGCCUACCUGGCCCGGUACCCACAUGGGGGCUGCCGUGGCUGGGAUGACAGUGUGCACUCAGAGCCACGGUGCCGGAGCUGUGGUGGCUUCCUGACCUGCCACGAGUGUCUGCAGAGCCACGAGUGCGGCUGGUGUGGCAAUGAAGACAACCCCACUCUGGGACGGUGCCUACAGGGGGACUUCUCAGGGCCCCUGGGAGGGGGGAACUGCUCCCUGUGGGUGGGCGAGGGCCUGGGGCUGCCUGUGGCCCUCCCUGCCCGCUGGGCUUAUGCCCGCUGUCCAGAUGUGGAUGAGUGUCGCCUGGGACUGGCGCGUUGUCACCCUCGGGCGACCUGCCUAAACACGCCUCUCAGCUACGAAUGUCAUUGCCAGCGUGGCUACCAGGGUGAUGGCAUCAUCCACUGCAAUCGCACGUGCCUGGAAGACUGUGGCCAUGGUGUAUGCAGUGGCCCGCCAGACUUUACCUGUGUGUGUGACCUGGGCUGGACAUCUGACCUGCCCCUACCCACACCUGCCCCGGGGCCCCCCGCCCCUCGCUGCUCCCGAGACUGUGGCUGCAACUUCCAUAGCCAUUGCCGUAGGAGGGGGCCUGGCUUCUGUGACGAGUGUCAGGACUGGACAUGGGGGGAUCACUGCGAACGGUGCCGGCCUGGUAGCUAUGGCAAUGCCACAGGCUCAGGUGGCUGCCGGCCCUGCCAGUGCAAUGGGCAUGGGGAUCCACGCCGUGGACACUGUGACAACCUCAGCGGGCUCUGCUUCUGUCAGGAUCAUACUGAGGGUGCCCACUGUCAGCUUUGUUCCCCGGGCUACUACGGGGACCCCCGGGCUGGUGGCUCCUGCUUCCGGGAGUGUGGAGGUCGUGCCCUCCUCACCAAUGUGUCCUCAGUGGCUUUGGGCUCCCGCCGGUUUGGGGGACUGCUGCCUCCAGGUGGUGGGGCUGCGAGAGCUGGGUCUGGCCUGUCCUACUGUGUGUGGGUUGUCUCAGCCACUGAGUUGUUACAGCCCUGUGCCCCUGGGACCCUCUGUCCGCCACUCACCCUCACCUUCUCCCCCGACAGCAGCACCCCCUGCACGCUGAGCUACGUCCUGGCCUUUGAUGGAUUCCCACGCUUCCUGGACACUGGUGUCGUUCAGUCAGACCGUAGUCUCAUUGCUGCCUUCUGUGGCCAGCGGCGGGACAGGCCCCUCACUGUGCAGGCCCUGUCUGGGCUGCUCGUCCUGCACUGGGAGGCCAAUGGAUCUUCGUCCUGGGGCUUCAACGCCUCAGUCGGCUCCGCCCGCUGUGGGUCUGGGGGCCCUGGGAGCUGCCCCGUCCCCCAGGAAUGUGUGCCCCAGGAUGGAGCUGCAGGUGCUGGGCUCUGCCGAUGUCCUCAGGGCUGGGCUGGUCCACACUGUCGCAUGGCUCUGUGUCCUGAGAACUAUGCACACACAGGGUCUGGGAUUUGUAACCAGAGCCUGGGUGUAUGCAUCUGUGCUGAGGGCUUCGGGGGUCCGGACUGUGCCACGAAGCUGGAUGGUGGGCAGCUGGUCUGGGAGACUGUCAUGGACAGCCGCCUGUCAGCCGACACUGCUAGCCGCUUCCUGCACCGCCUUGGGCACACUAUGGUGGAGGGACCUGAUGCCACAUUGUGGAUGUUUGGGGGUCUGGGUCUGCCCCAGGGGCUGCUGGGAAACCUAUACAGGUACUCUGUAAGUGAGCGGCGGUGGACUCAGAUGCUGGCGGGAGCUGAGGAUGGGGGCCCAGGCCCAUCACCCCGCUCCUUUCAUGCAGCUGCCUAUGUGUCCGCUGGUCGUGGUGCCAUGUAUCUGCUGGGAGGGCUCACAGCUGGGGGCAUCACCCAUGACUUCUGGGUCCUUAACCUUACCACCCUGCAGUGGCGGCAGGAGAAGGCCCCUCAGACUGUGGACUUACCAGCAGUUGCUGGCCACACCCUGACUGCACGUCGAGGCCUGUCUCUGCUCCUAGUGGGUGGCUACUCUCCUGAAAAUGGCUUCAACCAGCAGUUGCUGGAGUACCAGCUGGCAACUGGCACCUGGGUGUCCGGAGCCCAGAGUGGGACACCUCCCACAGGUCUCUAUGGUCAUUCUGCAGUCUACCAUGAAGCCACCGACUCCCUUUAUGUGUUUGGGGGCUUCCGCUUCCACGUGGAACUGGCAGCCCCAUCCCCAGAACUCUACUCCCUGCACUGUCCUGACCGUACCUGGAGCCUGCUGGCCCCUUCUCAGGGGGCAAAGCCCCGCCCCCGACUUUUCCAUGCUGCGGCCUUGCUAGGAGACACCAUGGUGGUGCUUGGGGGGCGCUCAGACCCUGAUGAGUUCAGCAGUGAUGUUCUGCUCUACCAGGUUAACUGCAACACCUGGCUCCUGCCUGAUCUCACUCGCCUGGCCUCUGUGGGAUCCCCGAUGGAAGAGUCUGUAGCCCAUGCCAUGGCAGCAGUGGGGAGCCGCCUGUACAUAUCUGGGGGAUUUGGGGGAGUGGCCUUGGGCCGCCUGCUGGCACUGACCCUGCCCCCUGACCCCUGCCGCCUGCUGCCCUCACCUGAAGCUUGUAACCAGUCUGGGGCCUGCACCUGGUGCCGUGGAGCCUGCCUAUCUGGGGACCAGGCACACAGGCUGGGCUGUGGAGGCACCCCCUGCUCCCCAAUGCCUCGCUCCCCGGAGGAAUGUAGACGACUCCGGACCUGCAGUGAGUGCCUGGCCCGCCAUCCCCGGACCCUACAGCCUGGAGAUGGAGAGGCACCUGCCCCUCGCUGUAAGUGGUGUACCAACUGCCCCGAGGGUGCCUGCAUCGGGCGCAAUGGGUCAUGCACCUCCGAGAAUGACUGUCGGAUCAAUCAACGAGAGGUUUUCUGGGCAGGGAACUGUUCAGAGGCUGCGUGUGGGGCUGCUGAUUGCGAGCAGUGCACACGGGAAGGCAAGUGCAUGUGGACACGGCAGUUCAAAAGGACUGGGGAGACCCGCCGCAUCCUCUCAGUGCAGCCUACCUAUGACUGGACGUGCUUCAGCCACUCUCUGCUGAAUGUGUCCCCGAUGCCUGUGGAAUCAUCCCCACCAUUGCCCUGCCCCACCCCUUGUUAUCUCCUCCCCAACUGUACCUCCUGCCUGGACUCCAAAGGUGCAGAUGGGGGCUGGCAGCACUGUGUCUGGAGCAGCAGCCUCCAACAGUGUCUGAGCCCCUCCUACCUGCCCCUGAGAUGUAUGGCUGGAGGCUGUGGGCGGCUGCUGCGGGGGCCCGAGAGCUGCUCCCUGGGAUGUGCUCAGGCUACCCAGUGUGCCCUGUGCCUGCGGCGCCCCCACUGUGGCUGGUGUGCCUGGGGGGGCCAGGAUGGAGGCGGCCGCUGCAUGGAGGGUGGACUCAGUGGCCCUCGUGACGGGCUGACAUGUGGACGCCCUGGGGCAUCCUGGGCUUUUCUGUCCUGCCCCCCUGAGGACGAGUGUGCAAAUGGGCACCACGACUGCAAUGAGACCCAGAACUGCCAUGACCAGCCCCACGGCUAUGAGUGCAGCUGCAAGACGGGCUACACUAUGGACAACGUGACAGGCCUAUGCCGCCCAGUGUGUGCCCAGGGCUGCGUGAAUGGCUCAUGUGUCGAACCUGAUCACUGCCGCUGCCACUUCGGCUUCGUUGGACGCAACUGCUCCACUGAAUGUCGCUGCAACCGCCAUAGCGAAUGUGCGGGUGUCGGGGCUCGGGACCACUGCCUGCUCUGCCGCAACCACACCAAGGGCAGCCACUGUGAGCAGUGCCUACCGCUGUUUGUGGGGUCAGCUCUGGGGGGCGGCACCUGCCGGCCCUGCCAUGCCUUCUGUCGUGGCAACAGCCACGUCUGCGUCUCCAGGAAGGAGCUGGAAAUGGCCAGGAGAGAGCCAGAGAAGUACUCACUGGAUCCAGAGGAGAUUGAAAACUGGGUGACAGAGGGUCCUAGUGAAGAUGAUGCCGUAUGUGUGAACUGCCAGAACAACAGCUAUGGGGACAAAUGCGAGAGCUGCCUCCAUGGCUACUUCCUCCUGGAUGGGAAGUGCACCAAAUGCCAGUGUAAUGGCCAUGCAGACACUUGUAAUGAGCAGGACGGGACAGGCUGCCCAUGUCAGAACAACACAGAGACGGGCACAUGCCAGGGCAGCUCCCCCAGUGACCGCCGGGACUGCUACAAAUACCAGUGUGCCAAGUGCCGGGAGUCGUUCCAUGGGAGCCCGCUGGGCGGCCAGCAGUGCUACCGCCUCAUCUCGGUGGAGCAGGAAUGCUGCCUAGACCCCACUUCCCAGACCAACUGCUUCCACGAGCCCAAACGCCGGGCACUGGGCCCUGGCCGCACUGUCCUCUUUGGUGUGCAGCCUAAGUUCACCAAUGUAGACAUUCGCCUGACACUGGAUGUGACCUUCGGAGCUGUAGAUCUCUACGUCUCCACUUCCUAUGAUACCUUUGUGGUCCGUGUGGCCCCUGACACAGGUGUUCACACAGUACAUAUCCAGCCACCCCCACCCCCACCACCUCCCCCGCCUCCUGCUGAUGGCGGGGCCCGGGCGGCAGGGGAUUCAGGAGGACCUGGGGCUGGGAGUGGGCCAGGCAUAUCCACAGAGCCUCGUGUUAGGGAGGUCUGGCCGCGGGGCCUAAUUACCUAUGUGACAGUGACUGAGCCAUCAGCAGUGCUGGUGGUCCGCAGUGUGCGAGACCGGCUGGUCAUCACCUACCCACACGAGCACCAUGCCCUCAAGUCGAGCCGCUUCUACCUGCUGCUGCUGGGUGUGGGCGACCCAAGCGGGCCUGGUGCCAAUGGUUCUGCAGACUCGCAGGGCCUGCUGUUCUUCCGGCAGGACCAGGCCCACAUUGAUCUGUUUGUCUUCUUCUCCGUCUUCUUCUCCUGCUUCUUCCUCUUCCUCUCUCUCUGCGUGCUCCUCUGGAAGGCCAAGCAGGCCCUGGACCAGCGACAGGAACAGCGCCGGCACCUGCAGGAGAUGACCAAGAUGGCCAGCCGCCCCUUUGCCAAGGUCACUGUCUGCUUCCCGCCAGACCCUACUGCCCCAGCUCCUGCCUGGAAGCCAACUGGGCUCCCACCACCUGCCUUCCGUCGCUCUGAACCCUUUUUGGCACCCUUGUUGCUGACAGGGGCAGGGGGGCCUUGGGGACCCAUGGGAGGGGGUUGUUGCCCACCAGCCAUCCCUGCCACCACUGCCGGCCUGCGAGCUGGGCCCAUCACCCUUGAGCCCACAGAAGAUGGCAUGGCUGGCGUGGCCACACUGCUGCUCCAGCUACCUGGGGGGCCCCAUGCGCCCAAUGGUGCCUGCCUGGGGUCAGCCCUUGUCACACUGAGGCAUAGGCUGCAUGAGUACUGUGGGGGAGGUGGCGGGGCAGGGGGAAGUGGGCAUGGGGCUGGUGCAGGCCGGAAGGGAUUGUUGAGCCAGGACAACCUCACCAGCAUGUCCCUCUGAUCUGCCGAUGGGCCUCUACCACAGCAGCAGUCAAGUCACCUGGCGGGGCUGCCCUGGCUAUGGGCCCCUGGACACUGUCUCCUCAGAGGCUACUGGCUCUCCUCCCACCCAGGAGUCCACUGUGUUCUGCAUUUGGCAACUUAUUUAUUGAGCAGCUGUUUCAUGCCAGACACUGUUGUAGGCACAGAGCAAAGUAGGAAGUGAGAAAGGAGGUUCCUUGAUCUCCUGGGACUUAGAUUGUCAUGAGGGGAGACAAUCAGGUCAUGUGUGCAUGCACGUGCAGGGUGGUUUCAGAGAAGAAGGGCUGUGAGACCUCAACAGGAUGUGGCAGUGAGGGACCUGGGAAUAAAGUUGAUUGGGCAUUCAGAGAAGGUAGACUGAGAAACCCAGAAGACAUGGCCGUGGCCAUGGCCAUGGAAAGAGCUAUGGGAAACCCAGAGCUCCAAGCAGAGGGUGCUACAGGACAAAGAUCCUGAGUGGGUACAAGACUGGCCAUUUCAACCAACAGCAAGUGUGAGGAGAUGAGAAUGGGGACAGGCAGGACCUUCUGGGCCCCAGGUAGGGUUUUGGGUUUUAUUCUGAGGACAAUGGGAAGCUGUUAGAUGGUUUUGUUGGGGAGAAUGAUGGGAUCCAUACCUUUUUACGAAGUCAUUCAGCUAAGAUGUGGAGAAUGCUAGAGGAAGCAGGAGAGGCAGCAGGGGUCAAGGACAAUGGUGGGUGGUGGCCAUGAGGUGGAGUCAGGGUCAGAUGCGGGAUGAGUGUAGAAGGAUGUAGGGAUAGUGCAGCUGUCAGGGUAAGGAAGGGGCAGCAUCCAGGAUGACCUAACUUUAUAGCAUGGGCUGCGGGGUUAUUAAGAUGGGGCCGGCUGGGGCUUCCACUGGGGAGGAUGAGGAAUACAGUGUGGAUAUGCGCUUUGAGCAUUUUUCAGUCAAGUCCAACUGGGGUUAAUACAGAAACUACCUGAAGUAUUUCAACAGGAAUUGAGUGCAGGGAGUUGGUAGCGCUGCUGAGGGCAGUUACUGGGAAGAGGUGAGCAAGAGCAGGAACUUGUUGCCACCCCUGGAUUGGAGGGACAAAGCUCAGAGGUUGGCACUACCUGACCCUGGUGAAGACAGAACUGGGACCUGUGGGGUGGAAACCUCUGAUGAGAGCAAACCUCUGUCUGAGAUGUCCCCCAGGUGGGCAUGAAGAUCAGUGGGAGUAGGGGACCGAGGUUGGAGAGACAUGUGGGGUCAUCACCCCACAGUUCUCUUCAGUGCUGCCUUGAGACUUCAGGACUUUCCCCAGGGGCCACCUCCACCCGCGCCACCGUCGUGGACUUCUGCGCUCCUCUACCUAUUGAGGAUCCAGUCCUAACCAUCUUCCUAAACUUGGGACUCUUACUUUCCCAAGACUCCCAGCUCCCAGCUGCUACUUUGAUCUUGGGGGCUGGGCUGUGUCCUGCAUCCUCCCUUUGCUGGGGGGCCUAGUUGAAGUCCCCUGUCCCCCAGUGUGUGCGUGUCAGAUGCAGAAGGGGCCACAGAUGAACAACGGGAGGGGAGCAGCUGAAGCAACUAAUAAAGAGUGUGGGGAAGACCCAGGUGUGUUGAGUGCAGUCUGCUUGGGGGAAGAGGAAGAAUGGGCUUCUGAGCAAGCACCCAAGCGUCGGGUAAGUGCUCUUGUCCUGGUGCUACCUCCAAGCCAUGUGCCCCAGGCCUGGCAGGUGGCUGUUCCUCCUAAGUGGUAAGGGUAUGUAGCCACAGGAUCUCCUGCUUCCCAGAGAUGAGGAACUGCAGAACUGUUCCAGUAAGGCCUUGUCUUCCUAUAGGGAUCUCUAGUUUGGCUUAGAAGGGAAUCAGACUGCCUGGACGCCAGGCAUGGGUUUUACUCCGGGCCCUGGUGUAAGAUGAAAGAGUUCAAACCAGAGAGCCUGGAGACCAAGAUGAGGCACUAGGACCAUGAGCUCUCUUAAGUGCUAUAGACCCUUGGCAUCGGCAGGUUUCUGGUUUGAAGCAGAUGCUGUGUAGGGAAAACCACGCAUGCUCAGGAUGCAGGGUUCAGUACUGCAGAUGCCCAACUUCUGCUAAAACCACCACUUUUCAGCAACCUCAG